UGGUGUCAUGUUGUUGUGAUGUUAGUGUGUCUGUGGCUGAGCCCCGUCUGGGCCGACAGCUGCCCGCCACAGGCCGGAUGCUUGUGCGCCGCCGACAUCCUCAGCUGCACCGCCCUGGGCCUGCAGCAGGUACCGGCAGAAAUGCCCAUCUUCGCCGUCACUCUGGAUCUCAGCCACAACCGGAUGGUGCAGCUGGAGGCCGGCAGCUUCACUGGACUGAAUCGGCUGGAGACGCUACGCUUAGCGCACAACCAGCUGAACACCAUCCGCUCGGGGGCGUUCAGGAACUCCUCCGGGACUCUGCUGCGGCACCUGGACCUGUCGUCCAAUCAGCUGCGUGUUCUGGAGCAGCACUACUUCCAGGAGCUGCCCGGAUUGGAGGAGCUGCUGCUGUUCAACAACCGGAUCGUGCACGUGGAGAGCAGAGCUCUUGCCGGGCUGACAAACCUCCGCAAGGCCUACCUCAGUCACAACCGCCUCACCGACUUCCCCUUCUUCUCCAUCCAGAAGCACAGCCAUCCUCACCUGUCCACACUGGAUCUGUCGUCCAACCGCCUGCCCAAGCUGCCCCUGGAGGACAUCUCCAACCUGCCCCUAGCGGUGCAGGAGGGCCUGUACCUGCACAACAACUCCCUGGUGUGUGAGUGCUCCAUGUAUGGCCUGUUCAGGUUCUGGGAGCAGAGGGGCUUCAACUCUGUCAAGUUCUUCCAGCAGGAGCACAUCUGUCUGGUUUACGGACUGCAGAGAGGAACUUUGCGCUUCUUCCAGUCUGGGCGCUACUUUGAAAAAUGCAACCUGACGGCGCUGAAGGAGCCCCUGAAGGAGCAGCAGAGCAGCGUGUCCGUGAAGGCGGGGAAGGCGUUGCUGCUGCACUGCGUCACCUCGCUGUCCGGCCGCAGCGUCACCUUCCUCUGGGUGGCGCCUAACUGGGAGUACGUGGUGCCGCCGGGGAACAACGGAUCUCUGAAGAUGUUCGCCAACGGCAGCCUGGAGAUCGUGGCGGCGCGCGAGCAGGACUCUGGGAUCUACUGGUGCAUGGCCCUGGACCAGCAGCGGCAGCAGAACGAGACCUGGGAGGUGAACGUGACCGUGGUGCUGCAUCACGACGGCGACGGCCAUGAGCCUUUCAACACCGGAUUCACCACCCUGCUGGGCUGCGUGGUGAGCCUAGUGCUGGUCCUCAUGUACCUGUACCUGACGCCCUGCCACUGCCCCCCUUGCCCCAAGGCCCACCCCCCGGCCGCCGCCACAUCGACGCCGGGGAACGAGGCUGGGCCGGGCAGUGCCCAGUCCUCCAUCCUCACCCCAACUCCGCCAGCAACUACCGAGGGCCCGGGCCGCAAGGUCAGUACCAACAAACAUGUGGUCUUUCUGGAGCCAAUCAGCGAGCAGCAGAAUGGCAGACUGAGGGUGGGGCAGGGGUCGGGGCUAACAGUGUCCAGUUUACUGAUCGGUGCCGAGCAGCAGCCGCGACUCCACCGAGCCACUGAGACGGACUCCAUCAUGUCCGUCGUCUCAGACACGCCCAUCAUGUUGCCAUAG